AUGAACUUCGAACUCGCUCACCCUUCCCGCCCUAUCGCUGAGGGCAUCUGCGUCACCGAGGAUGUCCGCACUAGCGAGGACUUCGUCGUCUCCGACAAUGAUGACAGACAUCGCGCGUAUGCGCAGUGGGUCAGCAUCGAGAUCAUAAACUACGGGCCUCGCCCGGUGAAGAUCAAGAACGUCUACAGGUCCUGGGGCAAGUUGUACAUUGAGGGAAACAAGGACAAGGAAGUGUCCCCAUCGUACUUUGAAAACACGACGAUCAACCCCAACGGCACCCUGACGAUCGCUGGCUGCGGACGGUCGAACGCGUCGUCUGGGACAGAGGGCGGCUUCAACAUUGUCGACCCGAGCCGGGGCGACGAUAUCAUCCGAUCGGUGUACUGGGACUGCCCUUGGGGCAGCAAGACGAACAAGUGGAGCGUCAGCGGUUCGCUUUCCGGCUGGGACGUGUACGACAAGGGCGCAAACAUCGACAGCGGCGCGCUGGGAAACAUCACUAUCGAGACUGUCUACAAAGGCUGA